AACUGUCAUCGGAUCACCCACACACACCCCCUUCUCUCUCUAUAUCUAUAUUUUCUCUCUCUAUAUUGAAAUUUGUGGUUGAGAUGGCUGGCGUUGAGGAAGCGAUUGUUCCGAUGGAAGGCGUGGAGGAUGCCGUUCCGGUGACGGCGACGGAGGUGGCGGAGGAUGCGGCGCCGCCGGCGGAAGAGCCGCCGACGAAGAAAGGCAAGGUCGCGAAGGAGACCAAGCCGAAGAAGGCUGCUGCUCCCAGGAAGCCUAGAUCUGCUCCUGCUCAUCCUUCUUAUCUCGAGAUGAUUACCGAUGCGAUUACGAGUCUCAAGGAGAGGACCGGUUCGAGUCCGCAGGCAAUUCAGAAGUUUCUGGAAGCCAAGCACAAGCAGCUUCCAACUGUGUUCAGGAAAAUGCUUUCGUAUAAUUUGAAGAAGCUUGAGGCCGCUGGAAAGCUUGUUAAGAUCAAGGCUUCGUAUAAGUUGGCUCCUGCGAGAGCUUCUGCUCCUGCCAAGAAGAAGCCUGCUGCUCCGGCUAAGAAGAAGGCCGCUGCCGCGCCUGCUAAGAAGAAGGCUGCCGCCCCUGCCAAGAAGAAGGCAGCUGCCGCGCCGAAGAAGAAGGCGCCGGUUACCAAGGCUAAGGCUGCUGUCAAGCCCAAGGCCAAGCCUGUUGUGAAACCUAAGGCUAAGGCUGCUGUUAAGCCCAAAGCCAAGCCUGCUGCCAAGCCCAAGCCUGCUGCUAAGGCAAAGCCUGCUGCCAAGCCUAAGGCCAAGGCAAAGCCGGCUAAGGUUGCCAGGACCUCGACGAGAACGACGCCGGGGAAGAAGGCUCCAGCCAAGCCUGUUGCAGCUCCGGUUAAGAAAGCGGCUCCUGUUAAGAAGGCAGCGGCUCCUGUGAAGAAGGCUCCUGUGAAAAAGGCAGCGGCCCCAGCGAAGAAGGGGAAGAGUGUUAAGACGCCUGUGAAGAGAACAUCAGCAAGGAAGGCAGGGAAGAAAUGAGGAUUAUAGUUUUAAGAAUUAAUUUUUACAGUGAUCGGUAGUGGUUGGUUGGUUGUCUGUGUAGUAGAAAAGGCUAGAUUUUGUUUGGAGUCUAGUUUAAUGUAUAUUACUUUGGAGAAUUGAGAAUAUGAUUAAGAGUUUCACAGUGCUUAGAA